UCGGCGGCGCUUCUCUACAGCCUCCGCGUCUCUCCUGCAGGUACCUUCGUGGCCGGCGCGGGCUGCGGGCGGGGAGCGAGCUGCCAGCAGUGCCCGUCCGACACCUUCUCCAGCGUGGCGGGAGCCCGCAGCUGCAGCCUGUGCCGCAAGUGCGAAGGAAGAUUCAAGUACUUAAAGGUGUGUUCACCAAUAAGUGACGCUGAGUGCACCUGCAAGGAGGGAUAUCGCUGCAGUGACGAUGGCUGCUCCCGCUGUGACAGAAGCUGUGGGCUGGGCAAGGAGAGGACUGGGAGCGGUUGCCAGGCUUGUCCCUAUGGAACUUUUAAUGAUCAGACUGAUGGCUCCUGUAAAAACUGGACAGCAUGUUCUGAAAACCAGGUUCUGCAGCCUGGAACUGCAACAAAAGAUGCAGUUUGCAAACACAGUUCAGACAAUCCCACUUUAGCCACCACUUCACCCACCACUUCUCCUGCAGUUCCAUUUCCUAUCGCUGUGCCAGGGAAGGACCUGCAGAUGGACAUUAUCAGAAUUUCUCUCGCUGUAGCAGGGCUGUUGUGCAUAGCAUUUCUCCUGCCUUUGUGUGUUUGCCUCAGCGUCUGGCAGAAAAAGAAGCUACAUGCUGUCUUCAAGAAAAUGCAGACUACGCCUGAACAGUCAAUCCAGGAAGAGACCUGCAGCUGCCGCUUCCCCGAGGAGGAACAAGGCGAAGAUCAAGAUUGUGGCAAAUCCACAGAAUUCAGAGAUCUUUUGGAGAAUUAAGAAUUGGACUGUCCAGGUCAUCCGUAUCUGUUUCCUCUUAGAACACAACCUUACAAUUUGUGAAUUUCAGAGUGCAAGUAGUCCAUCCUCUAAAGAGAAAACACAUCUUUUCUAGUUUGUUGACUGUUAUCUAGGACUGGGAAUCAUAUUUCUAAGCAGUAGUAGUACUGCUGUGCUUAAAACCAAUAAUAGAAGGGCAGUAUGGCAUUCUGGCUUAUCUUCCAAAUGGUUCCUGAGCCAUGACUUACAUGAAGCCUGAAAGCAUUUGUCCCUAAAGUGGAGAUCUGUAGCUUGUAGGAGAGCUGUGUGUGCCACUCAUGGUCUCUGCAUUACUGUUACCAGCCGACCUCCUGAGCCUGGAGCUGCAGCUCCUCUCAAAGCAUAGCUCAAACCCAACAGCGUCGGGUUUCUUCUGCAAAUACAGAUCUCAUCUCAGAUUUUCAGUUGCCAGCAGCCAUAGAAACAUAUCUGGCCUGACCACCACCCAGCCUCUUAUGUCAGAGACAGGAAAAUGUAAAAAAAAAAAUCUAGAGCUGCAAAGUUUUUUUUUAUAACAGCUUGUAUCUGCUGUUGUAUUGCAGAGAUUGCCUUAAUAGAGGCAGUGGAAACACUGAGAAAAGCUGUGGUUGACUUGCUCUUAGGAAGAGAUGUCACUGCGCACUUAGACUGCAACACCUCAGUCCUACAUCAUUCAGCUUUCGUCUUUUCAGUGAUGUAAACGUGUUGCAGAUGUGGUAUAUGUAGAACGUGAUACAUUUCUGGUACUAUUUCUGUUCCUCUGAGGGUGGAAAGAUUUUAACCUCAGACAGCAUAUCUGUCUUUUUAAUCAAGUGCUGUUACUUUUCUUUUUCAGACCAAAAGAAAAUGCUGGCAGUGACAGCAUUUUUAACCUUUUUCAGAACCAAAUAAUUCAUUUUUUCUGUAAGUGUUAUUCAAAAAUAGAAUUUAAACCUGUCAACGCGUCAGGUAAAGGGUGGUUUUCUUCUUUAUGUAAUUUCAACUUUGAAAGAAAGAAUACGAUUAUCUGAAGAAUAACAGCUUGUGUGUCUAUUAGCACAAAAAUUAAGAUUUUUUUUUACAUAGUAAUUUUAAUAAACUUGCUGUUUUGUAACUUUUUUUGUAAUUUCUUCUGUAUAUUAAACAUUAAGUACAGAAACCCGAAUUCCAAAGUUAAGUAUAUGUAAAUAAAUAAUUUGUUUCAAAUCCCUAAA